GUAAAGCGAGCAUUUGCCGAUUUAACACAGCAAAUCAAUGAGCUAUUAAGGGAGUUUUAUGUUUUACUCCUUAAUCCUCCAAUUUCCCACAAUCCCUGCGUUUUAACUACUACAGAACAACAACAGCUAGUCAUGGCUGCUGGACGGGAUAGAGUCGUUCAGUUACUCAGACAGCUUCAGCAUGUCCAAUGCAGAUGCCCGGCUCAUUCCCAUUCGUACAGUCAAGCUCCAGAACAAGUGCCUGUCAAAUCAACAGACUAUGCAUUCCAGAUGACCUGUUCAAAUGUCAGGUAUGGCCCAGGUGUUACAAAGGAAGUUGGCAUGGACCUGCAGAAUAUGGGUAUCAGAAAGGUGUGUGUGAUGACUGAUAAGAAGCUUGCAAAGCUUCCUCCUUUACAAGUUGUUUUAAAUUCCCUUGUCAAGAAUGGGGUGCAGUACCAAUUGUAUGACAAUGUCAGGGUUGAACCAACUGACAAAAGCUUCAAAGAUGCCAUAACAUUUGCUAGAACCCAUGACUUUGAUGGUUAUGUUGCUGUGGGAGGUGGCUCUGUGAUAGACACUUGUAAAGCUGCCAAUCUCUAUGCUUGCAGCCCUGAUGCUGAUUUCCUAGAUUAUGUUAAUGCACCAAUUGGAAAAGGAAAGCCUGUAACCGUCACUGUAAAGCCUCUAAUUGCAGUACCUACAACUGCUGGUACCGGAAGUGAAACAACUGGUGUAGCAAUUUUUGACUAUGAAAAAAUAAAAACAAAAACAGGAAUUGCCAGCAGAGCUAUUAGGCCUCAUUUAGGAAUUGUGGACCCAUUACACACAUUGCAUAUGCCUACUAGGCUAGCAGCAAACAGUGGCUUUGAUGUACUUUGCCAUGCAUUAGAAUCGUACACUGCUAUCCCUUUCAACAAGAGAAGUCCAUGUCCCACCAACCCUAUCAACCGUCCAGCCUAUCAGGGAAGCAACCCAAUUAGUGAUAUUUGGGCCAAGUACGCUUUGCAGAUAGCAGCCAAGUAUCUAAGUAGAGCUAUCAGGAAUGCUGAUGAUCUGGAAGCUCGAUCUAGUAUGCACUUGGCAAGUGUAUGUGCUGGUAUUGGUUUUGGAAAUGCAGGAGUUCAUCUUUGUCAUGGGAUGUCUUACCCUAUAUCAGGCCUUGUGAAGACUUACAGAGCAAAGGAUUAUGAUGUGGCUCACUCUUUGGUACCCCAGGGUUCAAGUUUGAUAGUUGCAUCUCCAGCAGUUUUCUUAUUUACACGACAAACAUUUCCAAAUAGUCACAUUGCAAUUGGACCUGUGUAUCUCAUUUUAGGAGCUGAUAUCCGAAAUGCCAAGUUACAGGAUGCUGGGCUUAUUUUGGCAGAAACUCUCCGGAAAUUCUUGUUUGAUGUAGAUGUCGAUGAUGGCUUGAGUGCAGUUGGUUACACUAAAGGAGAUAUUCCUGCAUUAGUCAAAGGAACACUGCCCCAGGAAAGAGUCACAAAGCUGGCACCUCGGCCUCAAUCUGAAGAAGAGCUGUCUGCCUUAUUUGAGGCCUCCAUGAAGCUCUAUUAAUUCUGAACUAUGAGAACUGUUACUAAGUGAAUCAAAUUCUGCAUUGGAAACUGGAAUUGAGUGCACAAGCCCAGUAUUAGAUGUUCUUUUUGAACACAUUACAUGCACCAUUUGUAUAUUUCAACUGUCCAGAUUUUCACAGAAUGUCCAGAUUUUUACAUCAUAUUUUUGGUCUGUUCCUUGUAAAAUUUGUGAUUUUC